CGCGCCCGACUUUUCCCUGGCCACCGCCUGAAAUUGGCCAGGCUCUCGGACUCGGACUCAUUAUGAGUGACAAACGGUUCGUCGUCGCUGGCAGUUCCAGUUUGUUCAACUCCGCCGCCAACCGAUCGCUGUUACAUUAACAUUAUUAUGCGCUCUGGCGUGUGCAUAUAUGUGCAGGUCGUCUAGUUUGUCUCGUUACAUAUUUAUUUUCUUCGUGUGGGAAACUCGUUUUCUCCUGGGCUGGCUGGUUUGUUGUUAGCUAUUGAGACUUCCGAGCUUCCGUUUGGAGCACACGGGGCGCCACUAUAAAUGAUUUGGCCAGCUCCAAGGAGGCCUUACUUCGUGUGAGAUCUCUGAAAGUGAAGGUGGUCAAUCCAGAGGCAUCUAUGUCCAGUGGAAAGUGAUUUAUUGCCUAACAAAAACAAAGAAAGAAAGCGACAUGAGUGGUCUAGUGGUUCUGCUACUCUGUGCCUUUUGCUGCAGUGUGGCCGCCAAGCCGCCGGCAGCUCGGCGGGCGCAACUGCAUGACGACGUCCAGCUCAUCCAUCCGCACAUCAUCAGCAUUGAGCGUUUGGAACACCUGCUGCGGCGUGCUGGUGAAAUCUUUGGUCCCACCUUGGAGGAGGAUUCCAUGGUGGAGGCCAGUAGCCAAGUGGAGGAGCAAGUGCAGCCCCAGCAGCGCAUGCUGCCGCCCACGGAGCAGCCCUACAACUUCUAUCUACCGCUCUACGAUUAUGUGGAGCCCAAACUGGAUGAGAAAAGUAGAAGGCUCGAGAAGAUUGCUCCGCCGCCGCAGAAGAUGGAGCACAACUACUAUGCAGACAAGCCAAAGAAGAAGCCAAAGAAGUUCAACGCAGCCACUAAGCACAUCAACCUCAACCUGAAGUGGCUGAACACCUACGAGAAGGCCAUGGGUGGAGCGACGGCACCCAAGGCCAUCUAUCUGGAGCAGGACGAGCGAAACCGCAUCAACUUUGAUGACUCCUUCUUCGCCGUGGAUAUGCAGGUGAAGAUGCCUGAUAACCAGCCACAUAGGGAGGCUGGAGCGCCGUCCGCUGAGCUCCUGCAGCACGGUGAGGAGCAAGCAGAGGAAGAUCUAAUGGCGGCUCCUGCGCAGCUGGCCUACAACUUCAAGGCGCCCGUCCAGGACGCACAUCAUCGCCUAUAAA